GGCCUCCUUGGAGAUGUUGACACCGUCCGGGAGCUGGAAAAAGAACGUGGCUAUGGACUUGCCAGAUGAGAGCCAGUGGGACGAAACCACCUGCAAGUUGGCCCUUUGUCAGCAUCCACAAUGCUGGGCAACGAUCCGCCGGAUUGAGAGGGGCCACCCUCGAAUCCUGCGCCCUCCGUGCAAAACAGCUCCGAAUAAUGAAGACAAACUCCCAGUGCUCACCAUUGUAAACAUCUCAGCCCCCUGCUUCCCGGCCAAGAGACUUGCUCGUGGUCAUUUAUCAGGAUUUACCUUCAGCAAAGCUCCCUCUUUAUUGUGUCAACGUUCAAAGUUUGACUCCAAAUUUCAAGGCAGGCCUCGGAAGGAUCUACCCGACAAAGAUUUAACCCGCUCCACUGACAGGUCUCCUGAAGGAAAUCAUAGAAUUAAAAAGCUUUCAGUGCUGAAUUUGAAUGAGACACAACUUCCCAGCCCUCAAGAUGUCAGAAAUAUGGUUGUCAUCUGGGUCCCGGGACAACCAGUGAAGCAUGUGAGCCUCUUGCCUGAUGAAGGGAAAACCGUGCUUUCUCUGGAGACGAAGACACAGUUGGCCAUGACGAAGAAGAAACUUCCCCUGGAAAAGAGCCGACCCGACAGCGCCAUUUUGGCUAAGAUGUUUUUAUCUGUCCACCGCCUCACCCUGCAAAGACCAGCAUUGAAAUAUCCGGAACAUUUGAAGAAAUUGUGUUCUAACCUGAACACAGAAGGUAGAUUUUCCAGUGCCCUCAGAUCCUCAGGUCACAAGGAGCAGCGGCAGCAGAAGCGGCAGCAGAAGCAGCAGCAGAGGAUGGUGAAAAUACCACCUAAGAGACAGGAGGCUAAAAAGAAACCCAAGAGUGAUCCAGGAAGCCCGGACAUUUUGCAUAAAGAUUCAGGUGCCAUGGUUUAUGUUCCACACGAUGGUCACAGAACUCUACUGGGUUGGAAAAGUGACAAAAAGCAGCUACAGCGGAUGAAGUCAGAAGAACCCACCUUGAGGCAGGAUUCCACAGAGAGACCACAGAUGGAGAAUGAUCUGGAUUCCUUCCCCAGUAAGGAUGAUCCUGAAUUAUCCAAGACCAAACCCUCGAACAAGGACAUCAGCGCUCAGGAGGACGUUGUGCUGGAAUCCCAAGAGAGGAGCCCAGAGGACCUUUCAGACGGUACAUCGAUAACAAGCUGGAACCCUGAGCUCAAACUACUGAGGAUCCUUCAGGCCACUGACGAUGAGGAUGAGGAGAACCAGCUCUCCACAUUGGAGGGUGAAGGAUCUUUCAAGACUUCGCAGGGCAGCCUUACUCCCGAGUAGGAUGCUUGGAAUCCUGAGGACAGUGGCCUUGGACAGAAGGACAGAAGGCAGAGGGGACUUCUGUUGCCUGGAGGCUUUCCCAGGCCCUGACCAUAGAGGUUCUGCUUUCCUCGUUCACUUCUCCUUGCCUCUAAAAUAAGUGAAGGAGAAAAAGUCUCAUCCUUCAUAAACGUAGAUUGUUUCUCUUUCAUUAGGAACAGAAUAAUUUUAGUGAUUAAACACAACUGCUGCUUGA